CUGCGACAACCAAAACAGAUGAAUGGUAUCAAAGCAAUGACAUGACAAGACUGGACUUAUGCAUGCUGUAAAAUGGAGUGAAUGGUUAUAAGAGCCUGCUUCUGUGAAUCAGGACACGCCAUCUGGAGCUUCACACACUCGAGCAGUAGACUGAGGAACUUCUACUGAAUUGAAACUACAUGUGUACGUCUGACGUCACACGUUCUGUGGCUGGCUGGGGUGCACUUGCUGUGACUCCACGAUCAGUCGACAUCGACCCAUUCUCGAGCGGACCAAGUACAGACUGUGAUCACAAAGAUUGAGCUUUACAACACGCCAGCGUUCAUCUAGAAAUGUCCCGGCGUGUGUACGCCAGCAUCCUCCACCGAGCUGCCUGCUACACCAUCACCACCACUUCUCAGCUACAGAAUUCCUAUUUAACUUCCAAGUACCCUCUGAGACCAGUGCAGCAUUGCUGUGCUUCAUUCUGGAGCACCUCUGGGUCACGCAAGUCUGGAGCUGAGAGUUCAAGACGUCGACUCUCAACUCACCAGGAUUUUGACUAUCAACUCAAUGAAGUUCAGGUCAACAACAUUUUGCGCUCUAAUGAACAGUCUGUUAGUCUGCCAGAGUUUGACGGACGUGGACUCAGCGCUGUGAAAAAAUUGGAGAGCAACCAGUUGGCUGCCAACACUCCAAGUGAAGAUCGCCGAAGUGCCGCAACAUGUUUGCAGACCAAGGGGAUGCUUCUUGGAGUGUUUGAUGGUCACGGCGGCUGGGCCUGUGCGCAGGCGGUCAGUGAGCGGCUAUUGUACUACGUUGCAGUUGCAAUGAUGCCGCGACAGACCCUGGAGUUGCUGGAGAAAUGCCGGGAGAACGACCGACCACUGCCUCCAGUCUUGCAGUGGUACAAACAUCAUACAGACUUCAACUAUCGGGAAUCGGCCUCGCUCUACUUUGAUCACCUCAGAGUUUUCUGGCAGGAGUUACUGGACUGUGAAGACCAUGUGGAAGGAAUGAGCCCCUCUGAAGCCUUGACCUGUGCUUUCAAGCGACUUGAUACUGAUAUCUCCUUGGAGGCCCAAGCUCCACUACCGAAUGACCUCAUGAGAAGCACAGCAAUACAGGUUGCAUUUGCUGGCUGCACUGCGUGUGUGGCUCACAUCGGCACUGAGGGGAUCCAUGUGGCGAAUGCUGGCGACUGCCGUGCAGUGUUGGGGGUGCAGGAGGCAGACGGGUCGUGGAGUGCUCUGCCCCUUUCGCAGGAUCAUAACGCACAGAACCCGGCAGAAGUUGAGCGGAUCAGAGAGCAGCAUCCUCCUUUAGAGAGGGACUCAGUGCUCGUUGACGAUAGACUGCUCGGGGUUUUGAUGCCGCUGCGAGCAUUUGGUGACGUCCGAUUUAAGUGGAGUCACGAACUGCAGCAGAGUGUGUUGAACAAACUGGAAACAGGAGUUGACCUGGACUCCCUCAACCUCUACCACUACACUCCACCCAACUACCUGACACCGCCGUACCUGGACGUGGCGCCGGAGGUCACAUAUCACAAACUGAGGCCGCAGGAUCGGUUCUUGAUAGUUGGCACUGACGGGCUGUGGGAUGAACUGAGCAGCGAGGAAGCUGUUCGGCUUGUCGGGGAGCAUCUGAGUGGUAUUCACCUGCAGAUGCCUGUUUCUCAAGCUGAUCGGCAGCUGAACUUGGGUCAGAUGCAUGAACUGCUGCUGAAGCGUCAAGCCAGAGCGUCGCCGGCUCUGGACGCCAACGCUGCGACGCAUCUCAUCCGACAUGCACUUGGUACUGGAGAUUACGGAGACCUGUGUCAGGAGAGGCUGGCCACCAUGCUGGCUCUGCCCGAAGACCUGGCUCGCAUGUACAGGGAUGACAUCACAGCCACGGUGGUGCACCUGAACUCUGACCUGGCACGACACCGCUAACUAUUUUAACUUUUAAAAUGAGAACCUUUUAUAGUGCUGUUGGUUCAUCACAUGGAUCUGUUCACUUCGUGAGGCUGUUGUCGAUCAUUGUUGUUUGUUUCCUUUCCACUGAGAACUGAAACUCUAUCGUUUUUGAGGAAUCCAGAAGCACAUUUGGUUUUUUUUUUACAAAUAGCACAUCUGUUUUUGUAGUAUUCUGCUGCACCUACUUUGCAAAAGUGGGCAUUAAAAGGAAGUUGGCAAGAUGUUUUGGUUACUUGACGAAGGUUUGCAGCUAAUAAGUCUGGGAUUUGCCCAGCGGCGCGACCAGUUUACUGCUGCUCUUUCAAUUCCGUACCUUGUCUCUGAUCUGACCUCUCAAGAGUCUCAAAUCAUAUUCAGAACAUGCUCUCUUUCAGAUGAUUCCCAUAGCGGUGCGGCAUAGAGAGAGAGGCUGGAGGUGUCUCUACUUAAAAGUUCUGUCAUAUUCCUGUACUAGUUCCUGAUUCAGCCCAGCAAUAUGAAACUACUCACCCAAAUGGAGGGGUUAUGACUAGCCAUGACAGCCUUAUAAAGGAAGGUCAAGGAAUCCUCCCCUCCAACUGAGGUUUCUUUACGAGUUCAGUUUCUAACAAAAUUUAAAGUUCACACUUAAGACUUCAAGUAAUUCUACUACUGUGCAAUCGUCUUGUAUCUCGACUUGUCUUUCCCUUAAACUGUCUUUUCCGUAAUUCCACAGAUUAUCCAGGGUUAAUGAGUGAAAUGCAUAUGAUCCUAAGAAAAGGUUGUUUACAUAGAUAUUUGUAAUUUGCACUGUUGCCUACACGUCCCUGUGUAUUUGUGCAAUAUGUUCAAUCAGUCGCUGGAAGAGUUGUUGGACUCCUGUGAAGUGAUCCCGUUUCAUGUGAAUCUGUGUUGUUAUAGACAUUGUUAAGGUCUGUUGACAUUUUCAAAAUAAAUUCUUUAACAUGAGUGCUCGAAAAUGUUUAGUGAACAAGUGUAAUAACAGUAAAGAUGGGAGCUAUGAGGAAGUGUGUCCAUGUGGUAGACAGAUGCAAGCAGCAGACUUCACCUGAGAACCUGGAGGUCAGCAGUUAACAUAGUGCUUCUUGACAGUGUGUUCUUGCAGGAGACUUCUGAUGAGGAAUAACUGGUUUUUGAAGUUUCCCCUUUUCACUCUUGCAGGUGUAUCAUGCACUACAGCUUCAGUUCAAUGGGCUCUUUAACUGUAACCAACUCCCUUUGCUGUCAACAGUUUUGCUUAGCUUGGAUUGUAUCUGCUGGAAUCAGAGGUACAUUUCUCUUUGUUUAACCGAUUGCAAUUUCUACGGCAAAUAUCCACCCGUCCACUUUCUGUGAUCCUG